AUGAUGGGAAAAGUUAAUGUGACACGACAUCAUCGGGCGGAAAAGGCUAUCAUUGAUGCACUAUUGAAGAUUUCGGAGAUUAUUCAGAAAACAGAAACUAAUCGACAGCUGAGACAUGUAAACAAAAGUGUAAAAAACACUGUCGGUGAUGGUGAUUAUCAUGAACGAUCUAACGAUGAACAACGAGUGCCAAUGCCACCAGCAAUGCGUACAUUGGAAUCUUAUGUAUCAGAGUUUCGCCAACCAUGCAAUUGUAAUCAAGCAUCUAAAGAAUGUUCAAUGGGUUGUGUUCAAGGUGCGCAAAACAGUAAUCAUUCAUUUGGUAAAUUAGAAUACGAAGAUGAUCGAUCGUGCAAACGGUAUUAUUCUGAUACCUCGUAUUCGGAACAUGAAGAACAAUCUACAAAACGUCGGUUAAGUUACAGUUCAUUUCAAUCUGAUGGGAGUUCACAGCCGCUAUGUGAGGAGUUGAAAACCAUCGAUAAUCAACCAACAAUUACUAGUGUGAAUUCUUCAACAGUGCCAAAUCAAGUCAAAUCGAUGGCCACCUCAAGCGCGGAUGAUCAAUUAUCGCGUUCACUAGCGAUACCUGUAGUGUCAGGUACUGUUGAACAACAACUCAUUUGUUCAGCGAAUUCGAAAGAGAACGAAAAUCAAUCAAUCGAUCAACAUUUACAAGAAACAUUGGAAAAGCACUUGCGCGAUUGUUUAUUAUCUUCACCAACGCGAACACUGAGUCAGGAACACAUUCCGGAAGAAAGAAGAACGAAAUCGAUUACUCUAACGAAGUCCGAAACGGAAAACGUUAUGAACCGAAUACAUUGUACUCAACAAACAAGCAGUUUGGAGCACUACGAAAAACAGCGUCAAUCAGCUCUGCUUGCUGUUGAACAAGGCAACUAUUCCUUGUCUUAUUCUAUCUAUUCGAAUCUGUUGCAUGAUUAUCGAGAAAAUUAUAAAUUGAAAUCGGAAAUAUUAGCAUCACGUGCUAUGAGUUUAUUGUUAGAACAAAAAUGUUUUGAAUCGAUCGAAGAUUGCACACGAGCGAUUGUUUUCAAUCAAUGGAAUAAAUUAGCAUAUGUCGUUCGUGCAGCAUGUUGGAUGAUUAAACAUGAAUAUGUAAAAGCUGUCGAAGAUUACUCGAAACUAUUUCACGUGUUCGACCAAAGUCAAUACGUUCUAGAUCUAUUGAAUUUAGCUUUUAGAAAGUUGAAAACGUCGAAGAAUGAUGGAAAUGGAUUGAAAACUAUCGAGCCGGAGAAGAAAAUUGUUUCCUCGAUCGCCGAUGAAAAUGUAUCAUUAUGUUUAGCAUCACCUACCGCUUCAUUCAUUCAACCAGCUGUAUAUCUCUGCUAUCCUUAUCAAACCUAUCCAAGCUGUUACGCUAAGAACGGCAAAGAGUCCUCCUAUGGCAUCAACCAGUAA